UUCCCGUAACAGUCUUAAAACCUGGGAUUGCUUAGAUUCUGUGGAAUAUGUGGGGAUGGUAAAACAGUUUCGCAAUGAGUUCUACAGAAAACAGUUCAAAUGUUUUGUUGCUGCUUCUUUGCCCCCAUUAUUUUCACAUGGGCCCAUGUGACAAAGAGGGGAGGGUAAGGGGUCUACACAGAGAAAAGGAUCUAAGCAGAAGAAUGUGAGGAGAGAUGGAAACCAGUGAGUGAGAGGCAAUUUUGAAGCGGCAGAAGUUCGCCUAAAUGAAGGUACAGCCACAGCAGUGUAAAUGCACAGUAUUGGCACCAGCGCUACCAUGAAUGUAACCGAAGAACUCUAUAAGGGAAUCUACAUUGAAGGAAACAUCUCUGGCAAUGGAAGCGCAGGUGCCUUUAACAUUCCUGGACCCCUCAACAAAGCCAUCAACACCAUCACCAUUAUUAUCCUCUUCAUCACUAUGAUAUCCCUUGGCUGCAAAAUGGAAAUAACCAAAAUCAAGAGCCACAUACUCAAGCCCAAAGGGGUAGGCAUUGCUCUACUGGCCCAGUUUGGGAUCAUGCCACUGACUGCUUACUCUUUAGCCAAAACCUUACAGAUGGAUCCCAUUAAGGCUGUGACUGUACUCAUCUGUGGCUGCUGUCCAGGCGGAAGCUUAUCCAAUAUUUUUUCCUUGGCUGUGAAAGGUGACAUGAACCUCAGCAUUGUGAUGACUACCUGCUCCUCUAUUGUGGCUCUGGGCAUGAUGCCUUUGCUGCUCUUCGUCUUUUGUCAAGGCUUCCCUGGCCUGGAAAACGCCGUACCAUACGUCGGCAUCAUGACUGCUCUGGCAUUCACCCUAGUGCCUUGUACCAUUGGCAUUGUUAUCAAUCACUACAAACCAAACUACACACCAGUUGUCUUAAAGGUUGGACUCAGUCUCUUGAUUAUCUCCACCAUAUUGGUAUCAAUUCUGUCUGGCUUUGCUGUCGGAAAUGUGCUGUGGACGAUCUUCAUGCCUGAUGUUCUUACUGUGGCUGCACUGAUGCCACUGAUUGGCUUUACUCUCGGAUAUGCCAUGUCUGUCUUGUGCAGGAUGAGUCCUCAAUGCAGCAGAACCAUCUCCAUGGAAACGGGGUGUCAAAACAUCCAGCUCUGUGUCGCCAUCCUAAAGGUGGCCUUUACUCCUGAGGUCAUCGGCCCAAUGUUUCUCUUCCCACUGAUAUACAUCAUGUUUCAGUGUGGUGAAGCCCUCCUUCUGGCCUUGUGCUUCAGAUGUUACCAAACACUGAAACCUCCAGCUGAGGACGCAAGAACGUACUGCACUGUUGAAGUCAAACAAGAUGAAGUGAAACAACCUUAGUAAUAAAAGGAGGUCACAGCUGAAGACAAAAUAGGAUGACGGCAUCAAGGACCUUACACCAGUGUUACAGAGGGACAUGAAAAUGAGCUGAAUCCUAAAAUGACAAUGCAGCUUAUCAGCACCCUGCAUAUACCUCACUCAGCUCUGUGAAACUCAAAGAAAGAAUAGCAACUGUUGAAGCUAAAACAUUACUAAUAUUUAACUGUGCUUAUUAAUAGUCCUUCAAAAUCAACUUUGUACAGUAUAUCAAGAAAACAUUUUAUACGAAUGUUUAUAUUUAAAGUAUCUGGUAUGAAGAUGAUAUUUGGAAAAUGUUAACAAGAGAGCUUCUAUUUUUAAUAUUAAUUAUUAAAUCACAAUUAAAAUGUCA